AAUGAGUCCUUGAGUUAGGCUCACGUAUGCAAAGCACUGACGUGUCGAGCGUCGAAGAUGGGUGUCACCAGAGUUCGUGCAGUUCCCUGCUUCUGAUCUGCUAUUUAGUUUAAAACAGCAAAACACCGAUGGCUUCCGCCGAGUUCUCUCAGCCUCAUUUUCACUGUCCUCGCGCUGCGCGCCGUCCCUCCCAGAGCCCACCACCCAAGUCAUUCUCUCUCCCUCUCGCUCGCUUUCGGGGUCUCGGUUCGCUUCCUCUUUUUGCUGGAGUCGAAUUCAAGGAAUUGGUAAUCUGUAGUAGUUUUUGCGCAGAUCUCUCGGCGACGGAAGCGGUUUGUGUCAUCGAUCUAUAGACCUCUGGGGUUCGAAAUGGAGGAUUUCAGCGCGAAGGAUUUGUCCACUAUUGGAGGGAUCGCGACCGUCUCGCUGCUACAUUCCUUCAUCCCCACGCACUGGCUCCCUUUCUCCAUUGUCGCCCGCGCCCAGAAAUGGACCCUCUCCAGAACUCUCCUCCUGCAUUUGGAGCUGUCCUUCAUGUGAUUUCGACGUCCCUGCUUGGCAUUACUGCAAUUACCAUGGCUAACACGAUCGCUGGUGAGGAAACAGUGCAUAGACUUGCUUCCUUGCUUCUCAUAAUUCUUGGAGGAAGUUAUGUGCUGCUAUUUGUAUGUGGUAAGGGAGGCCAUAAUCACUCCCACAACCAUCCCAUGGAGAAGAUGGCUGUGGCUGGACUUAUUCUUGUACCAGCAUUAUCUCCUUGUGCAACAACACUACCAGUUUUCCUUGCCGUUGGCAACUCCUCAUCUAUGAUGGUGCUAGCUAUUAUUGUUCUGCUAUUCAGUACUGUAACUGUGAUGACUUCUCUAGUAGCCCUCUCAUUUUAUGGUGCCAGCCAGAUCAAAUUUCACUGGGUGGAGCGCUACGACAAUCUCAUUGUAGGCUCAGUGCUUUGCCUGGUUGGAAUACUGACAUAUGUGUUUCAUGAUCAUGAUGGUUAGGAGCAUUCGGUCGGGGAGAAUUUUCCAAGAAAGCUUAUCACCUUAUGAUAUUUGGGAAAACAAUGCUCAUGAGAAAUUCUCUGUAUCAUGAGUUGAUUUUUGACUAAUUGAUGAGGUGAAAAGGUAAUUACAAUGUGGUGGUAGUAAAAGUUGCAUUGUGCCUCCUAGCUCCAAUCACAAGGUUCUUUUACUUCAAUCUUUCUGUUUCUUGCUCUUAUUCCAUGAUGUAUAAGUUACCUUGGGGCCAGAGGGUAAGGUCAUAUGGUGAUGAAAGUUUGAGCUUGCAAUACAAAUUGCUGCAAGUCACCAUGUAACUGCAAGUUGAUGCUCGACGCCCAAAGAGCAUGAAUUCAUAGAGUACAUAAUUGAAUUUCCCCAACCUAAUGGAACAGGAAUUUCAAUAUUCUGUUUUGUCA